UCCUUCCCCUCCGAAAGCCGCUUUCUGGUGCAGGAUGGAGGGCCGGUUCUCUGGGCUGAUUCGGCACCGGAAGUUUUACCAAAUGAUCCUCGUGCUGGGGAUCGGUGGCAACCUCCCAAUUGGCUAUCAGAUUUCUGUGAUCAACUAUCCCUCCAUGUACAUCAAAAAGUUCAUGAAUGAGACCUGGCUUGAGCGCUCUGGCUCCCCGCUGCCUGAAGGUGCCCUCUUGUUCCUGUGGUCAUUCAUUGUGUCUAUCUAUGGUGUGGGAGGAUUGCUGGGCUGCCUCUGCAGUGCCUACCUGACUGUAAAAUAUGGCAAGAAGAGGACCAUGCUGGGGACUGACGUGCUCAUCCUUGCGACGGCUCUGCUCGUGGCUUUCAGCAAGAGAGCCAAGUCCUUCGAGAUGAUCCUGAUCGGACGGUUCCUCUUUGGCGUGAGUGCCGGCUUCUGCUUGACCAUCCACACCCAGUAUGCUGGAGAAGUUUCGCCCAAAAGGCUCCGAGGCUUUGCAAACGCCACGUCCGCCUUCUUUUGGUCCUUGGGGAAAUCCUUGGGCCAAAUCCUGGGGCUCAGGGAGUGCCUGGGCACAGAGUCCUCCUGGCCUUCGCUCCUGGCCUUCAUUGGGGCCACAGCCUUCCUCCAGCUGCUAACUCUGCCCUUCUUCCCCGAAUCACCUCCGUACCUCUUGAUCCAGAAGGGAAACGAAGGCGCCUGUGUGAGGGCCAUGCAGCAGCUCUGGGGCCAAGAAGAUCACCAGCAGGAGCUCAGUGACCUGAAGCAGGAAGCGGAAAACAGCACCAAAGUCCUGAGUGCGAGAGAGCUGCUCAGAGACCAGUCCCUGCGCCGGCAGCUACAGAUCCUCAUGGCGGUUGUCAUCACCCUCCAGCUCUGCGGCAUCAAUGCAGUCUAUUUCUACACUUUCGAAGUCUUCCGCACAGCCGGUUUUGGAGAGGCCCUCCUCCCUUACGUCUCGCUGGGCGUGGGCUUCUGUGAGCUCCUCUCCUCCUUCCUUUGUAUUCUGACAAUUGAGAGAUUUGGACGGCGGACCCUCCUGUGGCAGGGCUGUGGCAUGAUGGCACUUGUCCUCUUUCUCCUCACAAUUACUCUCUCAGUACAGAACAAAUUCCACUGGGCGUCGUACUGCAGUGUCACUCUGGUUUUCCUCUUUGUUUUCUUCUUUGGAAUCGGACCAAAUGGAGCCUCCAUGUCUGUCAUGAUGGAAAUCUUCAGCCAGUCUUCCAGACCAGCGGCUUUCCUGAUUGGUGGCUGCCUGAAUUGGGCCGGCCUCUUUGUCAUUGGAAUCACCUUCCCAUUUGCUGUGGAUGCUCUGGGCCCUUUCUGUUUCCUCCUCUUCAUGGCUGUCCUUGUGGGGUCAGGAAUCUUCUUCUACCUGUUCCUCCCAGAGACGAAAGGGAAGUCCAUUGUGGAAAUCACAGAGGAAUUCAGCAACCCAUCACCUUUUCAGAAGAGACUAACUUCUGCCCUUCGGACAGGCUUCCGGGAUGACCUCUCUGCCUACACCAGCUUCUGA